CUUGCUUGCUAAAAUACAUAUAACAGUCAGAAGAAGCUAUGGAAGCCGAUGGUCAGGAAACUUCUACUUCCAAAACAAUAUCCAUCCCUGUUGGUAUAGGAUGCAACUAUAGUAAAACGAGUUCCGAGAAACUUUCCUGCAACGUAGUGUCGCCAUGCCUUGGCCCAUUUGGGCGUUCAUCAUUUGCAGAAGCAAAGAAGCGAUUGGAAAAGCUCGAGCGAGAUUAUCAACACACCUACAAGAAGUACACAGAACUACAAUCAGACAGGUAUAGGUACUACAUUGUUUUACAACAUCCAGGACAUCACAGUCGCUGGGUUGGCUACUGUAUCGUUCGCAGCAAAAAUGUAGUGGAGCAACUGCAGAAUGUUCUUGACAAGCUGAAUACAGAAGAAGCAUCACAAAGAGGAAGAGAAACACCUACAAAUGGCAAGCAAUUCUUCUUGAUGCACGGUCGUAAAAGCUUGGCACAAGAAAAGAUGGUACUGCAGCAGCUGAAAGCAGAAAACAAAGAGCAAUACACUGAUGGCCUGUGCCAAGAAACAAUUGACGUCAAAAGAAUUAAUGAGGAGUUCAGGUGCAUUCAAAGAAUAGUUCCACGGACUAGCAACAAGAAAUCUAUACAUGAUCUGUUGAGGAGAGUUAAAGAGAUAAAGAAGCUGACACAAAAGGCUAUUUCCAAUGGUGCACUAAUGGGCAACCACACGAGUCUGGACAAUAUGAAAAAUUCUACAAGUGUCUUAAUAAAGCUUGUGACGAAGAUAAUCAGAUAGUUUGAGAAAGAGAAUAAGGAGUUAGAGAAUAUUUUGCAAGACAGAGUACAUUUUGCAAGAAAAAAUGAAAAAGGAUACACCGAAAAAAUGAGGGUUCUAUGGGAAAAAUGUAAAUGCAUAGGUGAGAAACGUGAUGCAGAAAAGAAAUUUUUGCUCGAUUUGAAGAAAAGUUUCAGGGAGAUGCACAAAACUGCUUCACAAAGAAAAGGCUGCCGAAAGGGUAACUUCAGAGAUGUACUUUUAUCAGUUCAAAGACAUGCUAAGAUCUAUUCCACGGAAUAGAAAGCAAGAUGCCUAUAUAUGUAUGGAUGAUGUAACUGAAGAACAAACAUGUUAAGCUAUCAUGUUGUAAAUCACAUUGAUGAUUCAUUUUAUGAUACAAUGCAUUUUACAAUA